AGUAUGCCUCUGAGUGAGAGAAAGGGAGAGAGGGCCACGCAAAUACGCAACCGCUGGGUAGAAUUUUCUCUAUUCCGUUUUAAUUGUCCAACUUCUUCGAGAUGCUCCACCACUUCCCGUUGUCUUACCGCUGGCUGUUGGCUAAAAUUAUUUAUUUCUGACAAGUAUCCGCUGAUUCUCUUUCCAAUGUGAUCUAUUCAAUUCCAUGCCCUUUUGGCCUUGAUGGAUGAUAAUAAAGUGGGAACAAGCUUGGACAACCAUGCUGGCAAAAGAAAAGGACGUCAGUCAACCCUUAAUCCAGCAUUUGACUUUUUUGUGCAGAUGCCUCAGAAACUUCAAAACUUUCUAAAGACACAUCUCAAGCACAUCAGUAUGAAUGAACAGAAGUUUGACAUUGCAAAACCUCUGAUGCUUACCGAGAAAGAACCGUGUACUGCUUUGGAGGUUAACUUGGAUAAGCAACUGGAAGCUUGGAGAGAAAAUCCUAAAUGGGUUGAUCCACCACCAGAAAUCAAGGUUAGUGUACCCAAAGGUUCUCUUUGCAAUUUGCAUGCGAAGUUUAAGGUUGGGCUACCCCCAGAUGCAAUCUAUAACAUCAUUGUUGACCCCCAUAACAAACGAGUGUUUAAAAACAUCAAGGAAGUGAUAUCCAGAAAGGUCUUGAUUGAUGAAGGCUUAAGGCAGGUAAUUGAGGUGGAGCAAGCUGCAAUAUGGAGAUUCCUUUGGUGGUCUGGGACAAUAUCUGUGCAUGUCUUAGUUGAUCAAAACCGGGAAGAUCAUACUGUGAGAUUCAAGCAAGGGAAAUCAGGAUUUAUGAAAAAAUUUGAGGGUUGUUGGAAAGUAGACCCAAUGUUUGUUGAUGAACAAAUUUGCCCGGCUUCCAAGUCAAAAACAUGGGCCGACUAUGAUUUGUGCACUGGGGGCAAGGGGAGAGUAGGAUCCAUUGUGAAUUUGGACCAACUGAUCCAGCCAGCAAUUGUCCCACCACCACCUUUCUCAUGGUAUUUGAGGGGGAUCACCACCAGAACCACUGAGAUGCUGAUUACUGACCUUCUAGCAGAGGCUGCUAGGCUAAGGGGAGAUGGAUAUGCAGAGUCAAAGCAGGCUAUUGAAACAAGCUGUGAUAAUAGUGCAGAGUGUUUGGCACACAGUAUCAAAGAGAGAUGGCAUCAGAGAAGAAGUACAAAGAGACGGAGAAGUCGCAAAGCUCUGCUGGUACGUUAAGCUCUUUUGGAUCAAGAAGAUAAAUGAGUGGUCCCUGAACUUGAAGCCACUGUAACUGUUGGUUAUCAUGGGAUUCCAUUAUUCAUUUAAUCCUGAAGUAUGUAUGACGUUAAUGCUUCAGUUUAGGACAUGCUUGUAAUUACAGGCAAUGUUGUAUCCUCGUCGAAGAAAUGAGUAAAUGAAAUUAUCAGUUCCCAUGAA